AUGCCUGUGACCAAUUUCUCCACUGAGGAGAAGUACGAGUAUCUCAAUGGAUUUGGGUCUCUUCAUGAAUCAGAAGCGAUCAAAGGGGCUCUUCCUAUCGGUGCCAAUUCUCCACAAAAAGCGCCAUACGGCUUGUAUGCCGAGAAGCUAUCCGGCACUGCGUUCACAGCACCUCGUCAUGAAAACCUUCAGACUUGGCUUUAUCGUAUCAUUCCAGCGGCCGCACACUCUACGUUCGAGCCGUUGAGGCAGAACAGACCUGACUCCGGAGGCAAACUUCACCAAAUCCCGAAUCAGUUGCGCUGGGAUCCGUUUGACAUCAACAAUGAGACAGAUUGGAUCAGCGGCCUCAGACCAGUCGGUGGUGCCGGGGAUCCCAGCAUGAAGACGGGUCUCGGGAUCUUCAUUUUUGCUGCUGGUCGAAGCAUGGAUUCCAACAUGGCCAUGUACUCUUCUGACGGAGAUAUGUUGAUUGUCCUCCAGCAUGGUGUGCUUGACAUCAAGACCGAGCUGGGCAACCUGCUAGUUCGUCCCAACGAAAUUGCCGUCAUUCCACGCGGUAUCAGAUACCAAGUCAACCUACCUAACGGACCAGUCCGAGGAUACAUCCUUGAGCUCUACCAAGGUCAUUUUGUACUCCCGGAAUUAGGCCCUAUCGGUUCCAACUGUUUGGCCAACGCACGGGACUUCCAAGUUCCGACGGCAGCCUUUGAUGAGGACGCAAGUCAGUGGUCAAUUGUCAAUAAGUUCAACGGAGAUUUCUUUAUCGCAACGCAGAACCACACGCCAUUCGAUGUUGUGGCGUGGCAUGGACAAUAUUACCCAUACAAGUACGAUCUUGGGCGCUUCUCCGUCAUAGGCAGCAUCUCAUUUGACCACCCGGAUCCAUCCAUCUAUACGGUUCUCACUGGCCCGUCAGACCACCCAGGCACGGCUGUGGCCGACUUUGUCAUCUUCCCGCCUCGUUGGCUUGUGCAGGAAGACACCUUCCGCCCUCCAUGGUACCACCGAAACACCAUGUCUGAGUUCAUGGGCCUCAUCUGCGGCGACUAUGACGCAAAGACUGGUGGCGGCUUUCAGCCUGCUGGAGCAAGUCUGCAUAACGUCAUGUCUGCCCAUGGCCCUGAUGCUAGCACGUUUGAGAGGGCGUCACAUGCCGAGUUGAAGCCGCAGAAGAUCGGCGAAGGAAGUAUGGCUUUCAUGUUUGAGAGCUCUCUGAUGAUUGGAGUGACGGAUUGGGGCUUGGAGACAUGCCAGAAGGUUCAGAAAGGAUACAGCGAAGAUAGUUGGACGGGACUGGUGUCCCACUUCAAAAGGCCGGAGUAA